GCGCUUCUCCUCUCCCGCUCGGCCCGGCCAGACCGCGCAGGCACCCCUCGGUUCUCGCGCCGACUGCGGGCCCGCCGCCCGCCGCCUUCUCGUCCCGCUGCGCUCGCCGCCGCUGCCGUCCUGGUCAUGAGGCGAUCCUCGCCCCGCCUGGGUGACAGCGGCCCCUGGGGAGCCCCGCUCGGCAGCCCCGGCGCAGCCUCCUGAGGCCGCCCCGGGCCCUGCGGAGAGGCUCCCGCGUCCCCAGCGCGAUGGACCAGUCCGUCGCCAUCCAGGAGACGCUGGCUGCGGGAGAGACGUGCCUCGCGGCUGUGCAGGGCAUCCUGGCCGCUGGCGGGGAGAGCCGGCUCCUGGGCCUGGUGGAGGGCCACGGGAAGGCCACGAUCUGCCUCUACACCCACCGGCGUAUGGCCAUCACUGCAGAAGACGUGUGCCUGGAGAGGGUCCUUCUCCUGGACGAAGGCUUUGCUGUGGAAGAAGUUGUCCUGGAGAGUGACAGGCCUAUUCUGGGCUCUGAUGUAACUGUCCGGAUUACCUCAAACAAUUCCCACUUCAUGGUGCAGAUGCCUUUCGGCUCGCAGACACAAAUGUUCCUGAAAGAGGUCAGAAAGCGCUGCCGCCCAGGAGCUGCCGGGAGCAAAGGCCUCAAGCAGAAAGGGAAGACGGCACCGGUCAUGAGCCAGCUGCACAACGCAGGUGUUGCCAGCACAGCUGCUUCCUGCAGGCCAAAUAAGCCCAGAAAUGAGGUAACCAGUGAGAUGGUCCGUUCCUCGAGUGUGCUGGUGUCGGAUGAGACGCGGAGCUUGUCCAUGCAGAUGUUUGGGCUGAGAGACACCAUCAUCAGGUCCCGGCUUCUGCAGAAGGAGGAUCUGUACACACAGCUGCAGAGCUUCAGGUUUUUUGUUGGGACAUACAAUGUGAACGGCCGGUCGCCCAAAGAGCGCCUCCAGCCCUGGCUCAGCCAAGAUGCAGAGCCUCCGGAUGUGUACUGUGUGGGCUUUCAGGAGCUUGACCUGAGCAAAGAGGCCUUUUUUUUCAAUGACACACCCAAGGAAGAGGAAUGGUUUAAGGCUGUGACGGAAAGCCUUCAUCCGGGAGCCAAGUACGCCAAGAUAAAGCUUGUCCGGCUCGUUGGGAUUUUGCUCCUGCUCUAUGUGAGGACAGAGCUGGCUGUGAAUGUUGCUGAGGUGGAGGCUGAGACGGUUGGCACGGGCAUCAUGAGCAGGAUGGGCAACAAGGGUGGUGUGGCGAUCCGCUUCAAGUUCCACAACACCUCUGUGUGUGUGGUGAACGCCCACCUGGCCGCCCACACGGAAGACUAUGAGCGGCGGAACCAGGACUUCCGUGACAUCUGUGCCCGGAUGCAGUUCUGCCAGCUGGAGCCCAGCCUCCCGCCCCUCACCAUUAGCAAGCAUGAUGUUGUCUUGUGGUUGGGGGACUUGAACUACCGUCUGGAGGAGCAGGACAUGGAGCAGGUGAAGAAGCUGGUUGAGGCCCGGGACUUCCAGGCUCUUUAUCACCAUGACCAGCUGAAGAGUCAGAUGGAGGCAAAGAUGGUAUUUGAAGGCUUUAUGGAGGGAGAGAUUUCCUUCCAACCAACUUACAAAUUCAACACAGGCUCCGAUGACUGGGAUACCAGUGAGAAAUGCCGUACCCCAGCCUGGUGUGACCGGAUCCUCUUCAAAGGGAAGAACAUCUCCCAGCUGAGCUACAGAAGCCACAUGUCCCUGAGGAACAGCGAUCACAAGCCCGUCAGUGCUGUGUUUGAAAUUGGGGUGAAGGUGGUAGUGGAGGAGCUCUAUCGCAAAACCUUUGAGGAAAUUGUGCGCUCCUUGGACAAGAUGGAGAAUGCCAGCAUCCCAUCGGUCACUCUCUCCAAGAGGGAGUUCUUGUUCAAGGAUGUGAAGUACAUGCAGCUUCAGGUGGAGUCUUUCACCAUCCAUAAUGGGUCAGUCCCCUGCCAGUUUGAGUUCAUCAACAAGCCAGAUGAUGACACCUAUUGCAAGCCUUGGCUGAUAGCAAACCCCAGCAAGGGCUUCCUGUUGCCAGAUGCCGAGGUGACAGUUGAGCUGGAACUGUUUGUGAAUAAGUCAACAGCAACAAACCUGAACUCUGGAGAGGACACGCUGGAGGACAUCUUGGUGCUGCAUCUCAAUCGGGGCAAGGACUAUUUUUUGUCUGUAUCAGGGAAUUACCUGCCCAGCUGCUUUGGGUCCCCCAUACUGGCACUUAGUUACAUGAGGGAGCCCAUCCAAGAGAUGUUGCCAGAGGCCAUCAGAGAUUUGACUCUGAUGCCAUUGUGGCCAGGAGAUGAUGCCUUCUGGGAUGAGAAGCCGUUGGACAUCCCCAAGGAAUUGUGGAUGAUGGUGGACCACCUCUAUCGCAAUGCAAGCCAGCAGGAAGACCUGUUUCAGCAGCCAGGCCUGAGGGCUGAGUUUGAACAGAUCCGGGAUUGUCUGGACACGGGGAUGCUGGACACACUGGUUGGCAGCAAUCAUUCUGUGGCUGAAGCACUACUCCUGUUCUUGGAGAGCCUUCCUGAGCCGGUCAUCUGCUAUAAGCUUUAUGACAGCAGCUUGGAGUGUGCUGACAGCUACGUACUCAGCAGUCAGGUGGUCUCCAUGCUGCCCAAGUGUCAUAAAAAUGUCUUCAAGUACCUGAUGGCAUUUCUGCGGGAACUGCUGCAACAUUCUGGGGAAAACCACUUGGAUGUGAAUAUUCUUGCUAGCAUAUUUGGGGGCAUAUUGCUGCAUGCCCCUCCUGGCCACCCCAAGCCAGGCAUUGCCGAGAAGCAGAAGGCUCAGCAGUUCAUCCAGCAGUUCCUCUUGCAGGAAGGGAGCACACUGUGAAGACUGGGUGUUUAUUAUUUUAUAGGCAGGAUGUCUGUAAAGAUAAUUUUGUAUAUUCAGAGUAUUAUACAUUUAACAGUAUUUGAAAGCAUUUUUAUGUAAAGCCAAGCACAGAUGUUUAGAUCUGGAGCACAGGAUAGAUAUGAAGAACCAGCUGCCACAGUACUAGCAGUAUUAUGUAAGCCCAUUCAAUUUUCUGGUGAGUUUUUAUAUUAGACUAGUGGCUGAUCUGCUGGCUGCUAUCCCUUAAUUUUGGUGUGUUAUAUGUUUUUAUAAAGCACACAUAAUUUUCUGUUGUUGCCUUUACAUGCUGAACACUUAAAUCAGCUACUUUUAUCUUGUAAAGCUUUAAUGUAAUUAAACUUUUUGUGAACCGCCCAGAGAGCUUCGGCUAUUGGGCGGUAUAAAAAUGUAAUAAAUAAAUAAAAUAAAUAAAUAAAUAAACUUUUUAAAAAUCA